CGGGGGCGGUUUAGAGCCUGGCAGGGCUUGGCACACCACAAGAGGCCAGCAGUUGGCAGGAGAUGCCCUGCAGGGCAGAGCUCACUCUGCCCUCUUUCUCCUCCUGCAGCUUUGCCCACUCUGUGCCAUGGAUCCUGAGGUCUCCCUGCUGCUCCAAUGCCCACUGGGAGGCCUUUCUGAGGAGCAGGUGCGGGCAGAGUUGAGCCCAGCUUAUGACCGGCGCCCGCUGCCUGGAGGGGAUGACCCCAUCAUUGCCACCUGGAAUGCCCGCCGGCAGGCCCAGCCCUGGCUCUUCGAUGCUCCCAAGUUUCGACUGCAUUCAGCAUCCCUGGGGUCCCCCAGCCCCGGGGGGCCCUGCCUUACGCUGCUUAUGGGGCUCACCUCAUACCAGGACUUCCUAGGCACCAACUGGGCUAGUUCAGCAGGCAGGUUGAGGUGCCAGGGGAAGGCUGACUGGGGGGAUGCCCAGGCCUACUUGGCAGACCCACUGGGUGUGGGUGCCAUGCUGGGCACAUCGGACGGCUACUUUGUCUUUCUACGCCGGUCUCUUAGGGUGGCUGAGGCCCCUGGGCUGAUCGAUGUGCCAGGGGGCCACCCUGAGCCUCAGGCCCUGUUUCCUGGGGAGAGCCUGCGGCACGAGGACCUGCCUGAGGACCUGGUUGUCCGGGAGUUGUUUUCCUCCAUCCUGCAGGAGAUCCGGGAUGAGGUGAAUCUGCCCUUGGCUACGUUGAGCCGUCCCCUCCUUCUGGGCAUUGCCCGAAAUGAGACCAGUGCCGGCAGGGCCAGUGCUGAGUUCUAUGUCAGCUGUAGCCUGAGCUCUGAGCAGGUGAGGACCCUCUAUAUGACCGGAGGGCUGGAAGCUCAUGAGUCCACUGACAUCAUCUUCAUGGAAUUGCAGAGAGUGCACCGCCUGCAGGAGGAAGCCGAAGCCUGGGCCGAGCUCUGCCCCUCAGCCAAGGGUGCCAUCCUACUCUACAACCUGGUCCAGGCCAGGACAUCCUGAGGAAAAGCCCUGGGCCUCCUUGGGGCCAUCCCUCCUCCUCGGGCUGUACAGACAAUAAAGCAUUUAUUCUUGGA